UUAUGAGAGAUAUUCGUCGAAUAAAAAUAGAAAAAGAAAAGAAAUAUAAUAAUUGCCUUUUAAAUUUUCAAUUCAAUUACAUUAUUCAGCUACUCCAAUAAAUAGGGUUUAACAAUAAAAGUGAAAUUAAAAAAUAAUAAUAAAAAAAAAAGAGAUUUCUAGGAAGCAAAAAAUAUUUGGGUAAAAAAACAGAGCCUAAAAUUUUUUAGUAGAACCAAAGCUGUACGUUCUUGUACCAAAAACUAGUUUAGUUUCUCAGCUUUAAAACAGAUUUAGACUACAAUUUAAACUUUACAGGAAAGAGAUCUUGCUGAUGAUUAUAACCGUUAGUACAUACCUGAGACCAAAAUUCAAAUUUUGGCCAACAGUCCUUUGCCCAAGACACUACUCUGUAAUUCCAGAAGAUGAAAAGCUCAUUUCUCUGUUGAAAUCUUGCAAUCGAACCUCUGAAAUCUCUCAAAUUCAAAGCUUAAUGAUAAAGACUGGUCUUGACCUCAUACCUUUUCCAUUGAGCAAGCUUCUAGCAUCUUCUAUACUGGACAUAGAAUAUGCAGCCUCAAUCUUCAAGCAUAUACAAAAUCCUAAUCUUUUCAUGUUCAAUACUAUGCUCAGAGGCUAUUCAAUUAGUGAUGACCCAAAACAAGCUUUUGUUCUCUUCAAUUACAUGAGAGCUCAAAAUGUUUUGCUAGACCAGUUCUCUUUCGUAUCGACCCUCAAAUCUUGUGCGCGUGUAUCAGCCAUUUGGACCGGUUUGGGGAUUCACUCGGUGGUUCUCCGAUCUGGGUAUGAUAUUUUUCUCAAUGUAAAGAAUACCCUUCUGCAUUUUUAUUGUGUUUGUGGGAAAAUUGGAGAUGCCCGCCAUGUGUUUGAUGAAUUGUCUCAAGAACGGGAUUUGGUUUCUUGGAAUACUUUAAUGGGUGGAUAUCUUCAUGCGUCUCAUCCUUCAAUGGUUAUAGAUUUGUUCCAGCAACUGAACAAGGCCGGUCAGAGAAUCGGUGUCACUACUGUCUUGAGUGCUUUAUCGGCUUUUGGUGAUUUAGGAAAUGUGUUGGGAGGAAAAUCUGUUCAUGGGUAUUGCAUCAAGAGUGGUUUUUGUUUAUAUUUGAAUGUGGUUACUGCUUUAAUUGGGAUGUAUGGGAAUACUGGUAACCUCGAUUCAGGACGAAGAGUGUUCAAUGAAGUUACUGGGAAGGAUGUUGUCUUGUGGAACUGUCUCAUAGACAAGUAUGCUAAAAUUGGCCUACUAGAAGAGUCAAUUGCUUUAAUACAGUUGAUGAAAGUUGACCAAGUGAAACCCAAUUCCUCCACAUUGAUAGGAUUGCUUUUGGGUUGUGCUGCAUCUGGUUCUUUGGCUCUAGGUCGACGAGUACACAAGUACAUAGAGGGCGAGCACAUAGUGUUGGAUGCUGUUCUGGGCACAGGUCUGGUUGAUAUGUACUCCAAAUGUGGGUUGCUGGAGAAGGCCACAGAUGUUUUUGAUAGGAUACAGAACAAAGAUGUGAAAUUGUGGACAGCCAUGAUUUCGGGUUUUGGGUUCCAUGGGCAGGCAAAAAAUGCCAUUAAGCUCUUUCAUAGGAUGGAAGAGGAGGGAUUUAUACCUAAUGAAAUAACUUUGUUGGUAGUUUUAAGUGCUUGUAGCCAUGGAGGGCUUGUGACUGAGGGAUCAAGCUGUUUCGAGAGGAUGGUACGAAAGUAUGGCUUGACACCUAAGGUUGAACACUACGGAUGUGUGAUUGAUCUCUUGGGUCGUGCAGGCUUGCUAGAGGAAGCGUAUCAACUAAUCAAGAGCUUGCCUAUUAAGGGUGAUGCCACUGCAUGGCGUGCAUUACUCGCAGGAUGCAGAGUCCAUGGAAAUGUGGGCUUGGGGGAGUGUGUGAAGAGAGUACUGGAGGAAAUCUUUGAUGAACACCCUGCUGAUUCGAUCAUUCUUUCUAGUACUUAUGCCAUUGCAGGGAGGUUGCCAGAUCAAGCAGGCAUGGUGGAGACGUAUAAAGAAAACAUGACAAAAGAGGCUGAACAUGUGCCUAUUGGAGUGAAGGAAGCAGGAUGCAGCGCAAUCGAGUUAGGGAGUCAAGGAUUGUGACAAAGUUUGGAACAUGGGAAUUUAGAAGACCUCACUAUAUGUAUGCCACCGAAACAUGCCUUACUUUAUAAAUUUAACUCAAACUUGCCUGUGUAUGAGCUAGAACUGAAUCCAACCGAACAUUAGGGUUAAACCUGUGAUUUCACUUGGUAGUUUUAGUGCUUAUAGACAUGUAGGGACUGGUGAACAAGGAUUUGAGCUGUUUUGAGAUGAUGGGUUGAGAGUUUGGCUUAUCACAUGACUGAAUGUAUGAUGAUUUUUUGGGUUUCGCGCCUUGCCAGAGGAAUCCGAUAAACUAAUCAAAACUCGCUGCUGUUGCUGCAUGCAGAGCACAUGGAAGUGUUGGUUUGAGGAAGUUUGUAACAGAGAAUACUGGAGGGAAAUCUAUCAUGAACUCCCUGCUGGUUCAACUACUCUUGCCAUUGCAGGGAGUUGCCAGAUUUUGUAAGUGUGCUUUGUGAUGUAGGAGAAAACCUGAUCAAAGAAGCCGAACGAAUGUUGGACUGAAAUUGUGGGUAAAAAGAUGAUUGAAAAAGCCCCAUGUAGACUAACGGGCCAGUGACCUAGCGGUAUCAGUUUCUUGCCUCCCAAAGGAAAGUAAGGGGUUCAAGUUUCAGAAGAGACGUGUGUGUGAGUACCAACUAGGACAAAAAAAAAGAAAAAAACUCAUGUAGCACAAUGUAUGUAGUUGGAGAGUUAGGGUUAGAAGUUAGAACAGAGUUCUAAACAUCGAAGUUCAAAAUAAUUAAGUGUAUGCGACAUGAAAUAUGCAUGUUUCUAGAACUCUAAUUUAGCUUCAUCCCAAAUCAAAAUUAAAUUAUACAUAAAUCAUCUCUAUUAAAAAAACAUAUAGAAAUGAAGGCCAGUUUUUCAGCUUUGCUUUGUUUC